AUGAAGUAUUCAGUGUUUUUAUCAAUUGCAAUUGCAUCCACAGUUGAUGCAUUUCCAACUUUAAAGUUCUGGCAAGACAUUGUACCAUUGGGUCAACAAGAUCAAACUAAUCAAGCAGUCCUUGUCAACUCACAUUCCAGUAAGGGAAACGAAGAGCCGCGAUUUCAAAUUCAGCUGAUUGAUGUUGGACAAGAGGAAGUGCUGCCACAAUACGAAGAAUCGGAAUCAAUCACCAUUGAUGACAUAAUUGAUGAAUCGACUUAUUUGAAAUUACCAGAGAUUGAUUCUGAAUUAUUACAAGAAAGUAUUGAUGAGCUGAAUUUGAAGAAACGUGCCGAAUCGUUGUUUAAAAUUGCCAAUUAUUCCACUAAAAAGUACGGUCAUCCAACUAGAGUCAUUGGUUCACCAGGACAUUGGGCUACCAUCAGGUAUAUAAUAUCUGAAUUGAAGAAGUUGGGUGGAUAUUACACAAUCAAAACGCAAAGCUUCGAUGCAAUUGAUGGGCAUAUUGAAUCCUAUUCAUUAUUAAUUGAUGGGGUUCAACCAAAAAGUUUAAAACCGUUGGCAUUGACACCACCAACAACUGACAAACGUCCAGCUCAUGGUAAUUUGGUAUUGGUUGAACUGAAUGGGUGCUCAUUACACGAUUACCCACAUUUGACAAAGGACAACAUUGUUUUAAUCAAACGAGGAGAAUGUUCAUUUGGAGACAAGUCUAGAAAUGCUGGUAAGUUGGGUGCAAAAGGAGCAAUUAUCUAUGACUCGCAAGGUGCUGUUUCGGGUACAUUGGGUACACCAAGUGGUGAAGAAGUCGCUACGGUAGCUGUUGACGAAAAGGAUGUUGAUGAAUAUAUCAAAAAGUUAAAGACUAAUCCUAAUCAUAAAUUUGAAACUACAUUGUAUGUUGAUGCAUAUGUCAAAAAUAUAUCAACUAUUAAUGUUGUUGCCGAUACGGUAUUUGGUGAUCACGAUAAUAUUGUUUCAUUAGGAGCACAUUCAGAUUCAGUAGGGGCAGGACCAGGCAUCAAUGACGAUGGUUCCGGUACCAUAUCAUUAUUGGAAGUUGCUAAACAAUUGACCAAAUACAAGAUCAAUAAUGCAGUUAGAUUUGCAUGGUGGGCAGCUGAAGAAGAAGGAUUGUUAGGUUCAACUUAUUAUGCUAAUCAUUUAUCUAAACUGGACAAUAAGAAAUUGAGAUUGUUUAUGGAUUACGAUAUGAUGGCUUCACCAAAUUAUGAAUAUGAAGUUUAUGAUGCCAAUAAUAAAGAUCAUCCUAAUGGAUCAGGAAAUUUACGUGAUUUAUAUAUCGAUUGGUAUACAACUCAUGGAUUGAAUUAUACAUUGGUUCCAUUCGAUGGUAGAUCAGAUUAUGUUGGUUUCAUUGACCAAGGAAUACCAGCAGGUGGAAUUGCCACUGGAGCUGAAAAAUUAAAAGAUAAAGAAGCUAAACAAAAAUUUGGUGGCGAUUUGGGUAAAGCAUUUGAUCCGUGUUAUCAUCAAUUGUGUGAUGAUUUGUCAAAUCCAAGUUAUGAGGCAUGGGGAUUGAAUACGAAGUUGAUUGCACAUUCAGUAGCUACGUACGCUAAAACAUUUGAUGGAUUCCCAAAGAGAGAUGAAGGUAAAGAUAAAGUACAACAACAACUGAUUGGUAAUGCAUUGUUUACUAGAAGAGGCGAUUUGUAUGUGAUUUAA